GAUUGGCUGCUGAGGCAAGUAGGUCAUCCACGAUCCCUAGGAGGCGGGACCUGCGUCACUUCCGGGGCGGGGCUCCAGCUGCUGCUGCUCGCUCCACAGCGGGCGGUCUCCAUGGCAACCAGCGGGGCUCGCGCACGGCCCCUUGGUCCCCGCUGCCGUCGCCACCGCGUCGGCCCCGCCCGCACAAAGGCCGCGCGGUGACCGCUCUGCGCCACGACCCGGCCCCGCCCGGUACGGCGCCGCACCUGCCGGAGGCCGCCCGCCACCCUCGCCGCCGCGCUGACCAGGAAGCAGUUCCGGUGGGCGUCGCGGUGACUCAUCGGCCUGGUCGCGUCCCGGAGUGGGCCAUCGCGGUCGCGGCCGGCGCGGAAGGAGCCUUGGAGACCCCAGGUACGCCUGCCCGCUGCCCCGCACAAGCCCAGGUCCUGCAGGUGCCGCCAUCUUCGUUCUGCCCAGGUGGGCUCGGGGCUCUUUGCCGGCUGUGCACCCCGCACCCACUCUUCCGCAGUCGACACCAUUAAAAAAAAGAAAAAUCUUCAUCCUUUAGGGCCCACAGCCAGCUGGCCUCUCGCCCAACCUCCUGGUCCCCGGGAGGCCUCCCCAGAGUAGCAUCCGAAACCGGAACCAGGCCGCGACCCCGAGGCCCGCGCAGGGCCUGGCCCCCUCUCUGUCCUGCAUCCCGACCUGCUUGGACGUUACUGCCCAAGUCCGCCCUGCCCCAGCUCCCGGAGGCCCGCGAUUGAUUGUGGCGCCCGGCCCCCCCUGCGCCCACCCAUCGGCCUCCACGUGCAGCGGACCGCGGCCACAAUGGUGCAGCCGCAGACCUCUAAGGCCGAAAGCCCGGCCUCGGCCGCUGCCGCCGCCAAUGCCCAGAUGGACGACGUGAUCGACACGCUGACCUCGCUGCGCCUCACCAACUCCGCGCUGCGCCGCGAGGCCUCCACGCUGCGGGCUGAGAAGGCCAACCUCACCAACAUGCUGGAGAGCGUGAUGGCCGAGCUGACCCUGCUGCGCACCCGCGCGCGCAUCCCCGGGGCUCUGCAGAUCACGCCGCCCAUCUCUGCCAUCACCUCCAAUGGGACGCGCCCCAUGACCACGCCGCCCACCUCGCUGCCCGAGCCUUUCUCCGGAGACCCGGGCCAGCUGGCGGGGUUCCUGAUGCAGAUGGACAGGUUCAUGAUCUUCCAGGCCUCCCGCUUCCCAGGUGAGGCCGAGCGAGUGGCCUUCCUCGUGUCCCGCCUGACUGGGGAGGCCGAGAAGUGGGCCAUCCCUCACAUGCAGCCGGACAGCCCCUUGCGAAACGACUAUCAGGGCUUCCUGGCCGAGUUGCGGAGAACCUACAAGUCCCCGCUGAGGCACGCGCGGCGCGCCCAGAUCAGGAAGACUUCCGCCUCCAACAGGGCAGUGCGGGAGCGGCAGAUGCUGUGCCGCCAGCUGGCCGCUGCGGGCACUGGGCCCUGCCCAGUGCAUCCAGCCUCCAACGGGACCAGUCCAGCUCCGGCUCUGCCCACUCGGGCACGGAACCUUUAGGAGGCCGCCACCACCCUGGUAGCAUCUGCAGCCAUCUGGGUAGCAUAUGCUCUUUGCUGUGGAGAAGAAAUGACCAUACAAUAGCAUCGCCCUUUCAAAGCCGACCCUUCCUGUGCCUCCUGUUCCAUAGGUCUUCCUCCCGCCUUGCUUGGGCGCCCUGGUCACCUGCCUUGCUGUUCUUCCUUUGUCACAUGCUAGCUCUGUACCUGCAACUCAGUGCAUGCUCCCCUCUCCUUGCAACCUCAGCUACUCUAGAGAUGGCAACUCUGCUGCUCCAAUCCCACAGACUGCACAGCACACUCUGAGACCAUCUGGACUGCCACCCUUGACCUCCAGCCUGGAUACUCCUGCUGCACUUUCUGCAAGACCCUGGGAAGCUCCCUGCCUGGUUGCCCUGCUCCUGCCAAUGGGCUCUGGAUGGAAAGAACCGGCAUGGCCAAGCUGGUGGCUUGAUGUGGUUACCUGGAGAGGGGACCAGCCCUGCCAGGGUCUAGGGUAGCCAUCAGUGGCCAAGUGCUAUUCUAGCAUUGCCAGGGCAAGCUUCACUUUGUACCACCAUGCAGUCCAGCUGACUGCGGCAGGGAAGGGGAGGAUAUCUUCCAGAUGCGUCUCCAUUCAUCCCCAGCUUCAGCUGCCAGGGUUCUGGCGGCGCCAGGAAAUGGGGAAGCCACAUUCCUCUGCUCUAGAAGGCCCUUGUGGACCAGGGAUCCUGGGCAGUUCCAUUAGGUCACCACGAGCAGUGGAUUCGUGCACACCCAUUACCAAGAGCUGUGGCAUGCCGAGGGGUGGACACUAGUGGCUCUGUUGCUGCCCUGGGUCUCCGAUGGGGAGCUCACGAACUGCUAGUGUUCGGUCACCCCCUCUGCCAUGUCUCUUUGUGUCCUGACUUGAGACCCACUCCCUUUUCAUUCAGGUGCCAUGUGGCCUUCAUCUCAGCCUUUCAGCCACCCACGCCAUCUCCAGGUCUCCAAAGAUGCCAUGUGGCAUGCUCUCCCUGUACCCAGGCUGUUGGGUCUCACCUUUGUCAGAGAACAAAUAGACUUUCUCUUACUCUGGAGCCAGCUCCUCUGGGAAUACCUGAAACACUGAAGGCAGUGUCUGGGUGGCAUUUGUAAAGGCAAAGAGUUGUGAACUGCUUGGUCCUAAAGUGAUGAAGUUGCAGGACAUGUGUCCUGAUUCUGAGGGACACAGCUGUACCUCAAGGUGUAUGGCCUUGGCUUCCUCACAGAGACAACCAAGAAACCCCAUUCUGACCCAGACUUGGCCAGGCCCUUUGGACUGUGGCACUCCAGCCAUACUUCAUUGUCACAUAAACGGCACUGACGUGGCCACCUGGACUUGAGAGGAGCCAGGAUUCAUCUGCCCCUGACUGAGUAGUCCUGCCUUGGCUGCAGAAGGGCUACCUGUGCACCUGCCCAAAGCCGUCUUGUGUCUUGGGAUCCCAAGCUUGGGUCCCAGGACCCAUCCUCUCCAGAUAGUUUGAUGCUGCUGGGAAAGUGGCCAUGAUUCUAAAGCAACUACGGCCCUCCCAGGUCAAGGAGGUCCUGUGGUUGCUGGGGUCCACAGACACGGCCUCCUACUCAUCGUAAAUUCUGUUAGCCCAGUUGCCCUGCUGACCAGCUGCCUGGACACAGGCUUCAGGUUCUCCUGGACUCCGUCCAGGUCCUUCUGCUUGGACCGUGGUGCUCGUUAAUUGGGAGUGGAGAGAGGGGGCCCACUGGGGCUGCCGCUCCAGGUGGAGCUGCUGAUGGGUGGAGUGCUGGUCACUUCCUCCUGUGCCCAGUGCCCUUCUGUCCCAGCACUGUGUUGGCAGGGCUUGUGCCCGCUAGUGAAGGUGUCUCCAGACAAAGGGGGACAGUGGUACCUGGGGACAGAGGCCCUGCAGAGGGAAGAGCCCUGGAAGGGUUCUGUGUGGCCUGGCCCAGCAUGGAAGGGCACAUCUGCCAUCUUCCCAGUCCUGGGCCUGUGAGUGCUCCUGUGCCCGCGCCGGCACUGUGUCUGAGAGUCGGGCGGCUACGCACCCCGGGGCCAGAGUUGCAGGCAGGGCUGGCCACCCUCCCUUCUUGGUCCGCUGCUGGGCCUUUGGCUCCGGUGGUUGUGCCUGGUCCAGGUUGCUUCCGUUCGAGCUGCGUCUGGUUUGGUGACUGGUGUGUUUUGUCCCCUGGUGUUUCUGUUGGUGGGCCUGGGACACAAGCUGUCACGCAGGUGCCACCUUCUCGAUAGCUCCCCACAACUCUGGACCCGGAGCAGAUGAGAGAGGGCCAGGAAACCUGUGCUGGAGUUGCUGAGGGGCCGUCCUGCCUCCAGGGGAGGACAGCUCAGUCCCAGGCAGAGGAUGAGAGGCCCACGCAGCCCUGGAGGGAGACCUCAGUAAUGAAGGGGCCAAGCUGAAGACAGGUGGGAAGGGAGCUGCUGUGUACAUAUUGGGGUUAUAGUUUCUCCAUCUUCGGAGGACAGGUAGUGACUUCAAAAAGGCAGUGGAGUGAAUGCAUGUGAAGAGUUUCUGUGUCUCUUGGUGUCAUGGUCAUUGGGAUGACGUAACUGCUCUCUGGUCCACGUGGAACCCGUCUGGUAAGUAAGCUUCAUUGCAUUCCAGGUAUGUCUGACAAUUGCAUUUGGUAGGGGCAACACCCUGGCCUAGUGUGUAGCAUGACCUUGGGACUAACUUCAUGUCCUAAAGCAUUUAGGUGACUUCUAGGAACCAGCAGAAACUCGUGUCAUUGACCCCAGGUAAGUAGGUGAGAGGUAUGAAAAGUACCAUGCUGUGGUGAGACAGGACAGUCCUGACCCAUGCGUGCCUGCUGUCAUGGAGCUGCUCCCACCGCUGCGCAGGCCCACCCGGAAGUUCCGCUGUGGGCAUGGGAGCAGCUAGGGCUGGGCAGAAGGACACACUAGGGGCAGAGGGAAGAGACCCUUGCAGAGGCCUCUGUCUUGCAGUAUGAGCAGUGACACUUGGUCCCCUGCUUGGGACAUAUCACUGAGGGGCUUUGAAAGGAAGGCCCAGAAUGGUUGGAUCAAGGGGCAGAACUCCCGUGUUGGGGGUGGUGGGGACAGGGUGACCCAAGGUCACAGAGUGUCGAGGACCUCAAGUCUCAUGGCAGUCUCUCUUGGGGACUUCAUGUUAGAUUUGGUGGCAGCUGGCCUGGGUUAGAGGGAGAAAACCCAGCUCUUCACACGUACCCACUGAGAAACCCACCAGGUCUUUGCAUUCUCCAGGUAAACCUACUCAUUGUAGGAAUUUUGGGAAAUCAAGUAGAAGAAAGAGCAGAGUAAGAACGAACACUUUGGUGACUCUCCUUCCAGGCCCCACCCCAUGGUUUCUUUGCGUUUUCUGUAGUUAGGACACUUUGCCAUCUGUAACGAUGCCCUUUGCGCCGCUGUCUUCACUGACUGUCGCAGCUGCCCAGUAUCGGGACUGAUCAUGUUUUGCUGAACUCUUCCACCAAGCAAAGGGAUAGUGGUGCCAAGUAUUGAUCAGUGCUGUUGCUAAGUUUUCACUGUUCCCAGUCGAUGAAUAGCUCUGCAUAAGGUUUUUUCCCACUGUCAAGUUAUUUCCUUGGGAUAGCUUCCCAGAGGGGGCAUCAUUAAAGAGUACGAAGAUCUUUCAUGUUUUUAUUAUCUAGUGACAAAAUAAUUUCCAACAGUAUCCAUUUACAUUGCCACCAGCAAGGGGAAGUGGCCCAGCUUGCCAGUGUUGGGUAUUAUCGGGCUUGAUGUUUGCUCAUUUGAUAAAAACAACAAAGGCACUGUGGUUUAGUUUGCGCUUCCUUGAUUUCUAACUCAGUUGAGUAUCUUUUCACAUUCAGUGGUUGUAUUUCCUCUUUUGUGGAUUGUCAAUGUCCUUCGCUCUAUCUACUGAGGUCUGAUAAAUUUGUAUAAGCUCAUAUAUUAAAGAUACUAACAUGGUG